AUGACUCCAGUGACAACAAAAGAAGCCUUCAGGUCUACACCUCCCACAGCCUACAACAAUGAUGAGUCAAUCAGGAUUGUGAUGGUGGGGAAGACUGGAGUCGGGAAGAGUGUCUCAGGAAACACCAUUCUGGGACAAAAGUGUUUUAAAUCUGGGUUCUCCCCUCAAUCUUUGACACAACACUGUGAAAAGGCUGUUGGUGAGGUGGAUGGACAAAGCAUUGCAGUUGUUGACACUCCAUGCCUGUUUCAUACCAGGAACUCUGAGAAGGAAACAGUUCAAGAUAUUGCCCAGUGCAUUUCUUAUGCUUCUCCUGGACCUCAUAUCUUCCUGAUCAUCAUCAAACUAGGCAGAUUCACAGAGGAAGAAAAACAAACCGUGCAGAAGAUUCAGAAAAUCUUUGGUGAGGAAGCCAACAAGUACAGCAUGGUUCUCUUUACCCAUGGUGACCUGCUCAAAGGGAAAUCUAUUGAGGAGUUCUUGAAGGAAAGUGAAGAUCUGCAGGAACUUGUGGAAAAAUGUAACGGCCAGUAUCACGUGUUCAAUAAUGACAUAAAAUGUCCAUCACAGGUCAGCGAGCUGCUCAAGAAAAUUAGAAAUAUAAAUAUGCAGACUGGAGGAAGCUACUACACUACUGAAAUGUUCCAAAAUGCAAAGAGAAUGAUUGAAGAGGAGAAACAACAAAUAUUGAAAGAGACUGAAGAGCAAAACUGCAAAGUGCAGGAGGAACUGAGGAAGGAAAUGGAGAAAAAGUAUCAGCAACAGCUGAGUGAAGUUUGUCCUUCUUUUUUGGCCCUCAGGUGUACCCGUCCCACAGUCAACAACAAUGAUGAGCUGAUCAGGAUUGUGAUGGUGGGGAAGACUGGAGUCGGGAAGAGCACCUCAGGAAACACCAUUUUGGGACAAAAGUGUUUUAAAUCUCAGUUCUCCCCUAAAUCUUUGACCACACACUGUGAAAAGGCCUUUGGUGAGGUGGACGGACAAUGGGUUGCUGUUAUCGACACUCCGGGUCUGUUUGACACCAGGAACACUGAAGAGAAAACAAUUCAAGACAUUUCCCAGAGCAUUGCUUACGCUUCUCCUGGACCUCAUAUCUUCCUGGUUGUCAUCAAACUGGGCAGAUUCACAGAGGAAGAAAAGCAAACAGUGCAGAAGAUUCAGGAAAUCUUUGGUGAGGAAGCCUACAAAUACAGCAUGGUUCUCUUUACCCAUGGUGACCAGCUCAAAGGGAAAUCUAUUGAGGAGUUCUUGAAGGACAGUAAAGAUCUGCAGGAACUUGUGGACAAAUGCAACGGCCAGUAUCACGUGUUCAAUAAAGAGGUGGAGGAUCGUUCUCAGGUCAGGAAGCUGCUCGAGAAGAUAAAAAAAAUAAAUGAACAGAAUGGAGGAAGCCAUUACACCACUGAAAUGUUCCAAAAGGCAGAGAGAGCGAUUGAAGAGGAGAAACAACGAAUCCUGAAAGAGAGAGAAGAGCAAAACCGCAAAGAGCUGGAGGAACUGAGGAAGGAAAUAGAGGAAAAGUAUGAGCGACAGAUAAGGGAGGAGGGGGCUGACAAGAGGAGGCAGAAUGAGUUGAUGGGUUGA